AUGAUACCAUAUGUCCAUAAUAUCAUCAAAUCAUGUUUAAGUGAACCGAACGCCCGCAUCCAGAUCGCCAAACCGAUCCAGUUUGAUCCGCCAAAAACACCAUUCGAAGAACGCCUACAGCAACAAGCGCAUGCCAUUCGGAAAGCAUCGGCCGCUUCGCUUGCCGCAUCCGAACAGGUACGUAAAUCUACGUACGAUUGGUCACUUUUUCCACCAGCUUAUUAUACAACGCGGAAAUGUUUAUCGACUGGUCUCUCACACUUUUUUCGCGCAAAUAGUGGUAGGAAGGUAGUCACAUUUCUUUGGUGGGGAGUGUGCACAAUAGAGACGGAACCUGUACUACUACUACUAGUGAGCAGGUUCUUACGCGCGACUCAAUUGUUCCUGGUAAUCCUUGACGCUCGAGAUACUGCGUUUGCAAAGGUAUAAGC